AUGGUUCUACUUGAUGAUGAGUGGUUGAACUAUUGCAAGUUUGAUACCAUUGUGGUCGUGGAAAUUCCCAAAGCCUUGCGUCAAAUGUUCAAACGCAUGUGGAACAAGAAAUACGGGCUAUUGCCGGCAGGUACAAAACGCAGGUCACAGGUCACAGGUCAGGUCACAGGUUACAGGGCACAGGGCACAGGUCAUAGGGCACAGAAAACGCAGUAAAAACAGUUAAGACAUUCCAUUAGGCUUUUUUGUUUUAUUUCCGGUUACGCCACAAUCAGGCAUAGGUUUCAUCAAUGUUAAGAAGUGUGUUAAAAAGUCAUGUUAGUGGCUUCUGGGUGGAUCCGCGAUUUGGUAACGACUGGCCGCGCAAAAAUCUUCGCAAGUUUCUUUGCGCUGCACGAUUCAGUAAUAAGCAAAAUUAACAAGAUACGUUUUGAAUCUUUCAUAAAUUAGUAGAAUGUCCAGUUUCGCCGGGUUGAACAAAUGUUAACUUCACUUUGUACCAUUACCAAGUUGAACUCUGACUGCUCGUUACUUGAAAAACUUCAAACAAUACCUGGUGAAAGUUUUUAACAAAGUGUUGCGUCAAACGUUCAAACGCAUGUGGAACAAGAAAUACGGGUUAUCGCAUCAGUGGGAUGACUCUAAUGCUGUGAGGAAAUUUCUUUGUAACAAAGAAGGUGACAAACAUAGCAUCAAACUUCUAACAAACAAGUCGUACGAGGAGUGGGAUGCUACGGCGCUGUGUAAAUUCACCCUCUACGCACAGUCUUUUGCUACACGAGACAGCAAAGGUGAUCUUAAAACACUUGAUGAACUGUACAUAAAGCCCCGGGGACCGAAUCCUUCUGGACAGUUUCACUCCUCUGUGAUUAGCGCGAACGGUAACAUUGAUGAAACCUAUGCACUCGCGAUUGAUCAGCUAAGACUUCUGAGAAAUUGGUGUUCUCAUUCUACCAGAGCAAAGAUGGAUAAGAAAACGUUUGAUCGGUUCGUUAAACUGGCUAAAGAUGCAUUUAAAGCUCUUUCAGUCAAUACAGACGACAUUGAUGCCAUUGUGAACUCGACCGGAAGUGCACACGCCGAGGCUCAAACUUGUGACAUGCGCUUUUUUUUUUUUUCACCGAUUCAUAGGGUUUUAUCGGGAAAAAUUAACUGUCUCACCUUGAGUAAUAACGAAUCUUUUUUUAGCAGUAACUGACGCAAUCAAUUACAUUUCGGAAACCACAGAAAACCGCAAAGCGGAAAAAAUGUCAUCGAACACCCGCCUGUGUUUAUCCACUAGGCAAAAUGUAUAUUUAGUAUUUUACUGAUUUUAGAAAAGAUUGAAAGGUCUGGAAACCAAAUGACUUCUAAACGAAGAUGGUCAAGAUCAAAGCCUGUUUUACUGCUUGGGAUUUCCAAUAUUUCUUCAAUUCAGCAGAGACGUGUCGCUUCUUAG